CCGCUCGCUCUCUCUCUCUCUCUCUCUCUCUCGCCAUGGAAUCCGACUCCGACUCUGAUGCCUCCCACGUCUCCGCCACCCCUCCCCGAAACCCUGAGCCUAACCCUCCACCACCUCCUCUCCCUUCCCCCAAAUCUAGGUCUAGGGUUUUCUCCCUCCCCAAAUCCAGACGAAGUACCCCGCCCAAAUGCAAGCCCAAGAUCACUCCCAAACCAAACCCUAAAUCCUCUAAUCAGGAGACGCCGGAGCCGUCCUUCCCCUCCGCCGAUCUCUUAAACCCCCACGGCCUCUCCGUCAAGAUCCAGCGGCCGUCGGACAUCAACCGCACCGCCUCCUUCUCCCGCCUCGUCAAGUUCCGGAGGCCCUCCUUCGAUCCCUCGGAGUUCGAGAAUGGAGAAAAUGUCGGCGUCUGUGGGGGCCCUGCGGGAAAUUCCGCGGAGGAAGGAGGUCCUCCGAAGGAUCCGAGGCCAUCUGAGAUUCAUGCCAAACUUAAAAGAAUCCACCCUAACUCGAUUGGAUUUGAGGUGCCCGUGGAGCUGCCGAAGAGGCCGAGAUGCAGCAACGAGGGCAAUUUUGUGCGGCUGAACAUCAAUGGCUACGGAAGGAAAUAUGCGUACAAGAAUGGACGGAGAAGGUUUGCAACAACUUCGCGAGGUCAGAGAUACCGCCGGAAGUUCAUGAAACAUGGAUCUGGAAAUGAUGCGGAAACAUACAGCUGCGAGGAGGAUAAAUUGGCUUCAGGUAGCUCGUGGGAGCAGAGGAAGGGCUCAAAUUGUCGCAAUAAUUCGAUUGAUGAGGCAGUGGUUGCCGCUCGAGAGGACCUAUCUGAUGAAAAUUUGAAGAAUUUGCUGAAGCUGACUCAUGGGUAUGAUUCGUUUCGUGAAGGGCAGCUGGAGGCGAUCAAGAAAGUGGUUGCUGGGGAGUCGACGAUGCUGGUGCUGCCUACUGGUGCUGGAAAAUCACUAUGCUACCAGCUGCCAGCUCUGAUUUUACCUGGGAUAACAUUGGUUGUGAGUCCUUUAGUGGCCUUAAUGGUUGAUCAACUAAGGAAACUUCCUCCGGUGAUACCUGGUGGUCUACUUUCCAGCAGUCAGACACAUGAAGAGGCUUCUGAAACUAUGGAUAGGCUUCUUGGAGGAGACGUCAAGGUGCUUUUUGUUUCGCCUGAAAGAUUUCUAAAUGUGGACUUCUUAUCGAUAUUUGAGGAUGCACUGUCUAUAUCGCUUGCAGUGAUUGAUGAAGCUCACUGCAUUUCUGAAUGGUCUCAUAACUUUCGGCCUUCAUAUUUGAGGCUGAGGGCAUCAUUGUUUCAGAGCAAGCUUAAUGUCAAGUGUCUCCUUGCAAUGACAGCAACUGCAACAACUCAGACAUUGCAUGAUAUUAUGCAUGCUCUAGAAAUUCCACCUAAUAAUCUUAUUCAGGCAUGCCAAAUACGUGAAAACCUCCAGCUUGUUGUAAUCUUGAGUGACAAUAGAUUGAAAGAUUUGUUGGUGCUAAUGAAGUCCUCUCCUCUGAUUGACAUGCAAAGCAUUAUUGUGUAUUGUAAAUUUCAGGUAGAAACUGAAUUAGUGAGCAAGUAUCUCUGUGAUAAUAAUAUCCCUGCCAAGGUUUACCAUAGUGGCAUACCCACAAAGAAUAGAAGCCGUGUACAGGAGCUUUUCUGUUCUAACAAACUUAGAGUGGUUGUAGCAACUGUGGCAUUUGGAAUGGGCCUCGACAAGAGUGAUGUGCAAGCAGUGAUCCAUUAUAGCUUGCCAGAAAGCUUGGAAGAAUAUAUUCAGGAAACUGGCCGUGCUGGAAGGGAUGGAAGGCUAUCCUAUUGUCAUCUCCUUCUUGAUGUUACUACCUAUUAUAAGCUGCGUAGUCUUUCUUACAGUGAUGGGGUAGAUGAAUAUGCAAUAAGCAAAUUUCUUUCCCAAAUAUUUUCUAGUGGUGUCCCCUUAUCUGGGAACAUUUGCUCCUUGGUUAAAGAAUCUGCAUCCCGGAAAUUUGAUAUGAAAGAGGAGGUGCUUUUAACAGUCCUUACUCAGCUGGAAAUUGGCGAUGAGCAAUAUUUGCGCCUACUUCCACAGCUUAAUGUGACAUGUACAUUGUAUUUUCACAAGACAGCCCCGGCGUUGCUAUCUGACAAGGAUAUUGUAGUUGCAACGAUUUUGAAAAUUUCAGAAAUAAAGGAAGGGCAUCAUGUGUUUGACAUACCAACACUAGCAAAUACCAUUGGCAUAUCAACCAAAGACCUGUUCAAUCAGUUGCAAGACCUAAAGUCUUUAGGAGAAAUAACAUAUAAUUUGAAGGAUCCAGCUUUCUGCUAUACGGUUGUGAAGCAACCAGAUGACUUAUGCUCCCUCUCAACCCAUCUCACGAAAUGGUUAUCUGAGGUUGAAAGCUGCAAGGUACUAAAAUUAGAUGCAAUGUUCAAUGUUGCAAAUUUUGCUGUAAAAGAGUGCAAAAGAAUUGUUGGUUGCUCCGAAUCCUUGCAUACAAAGUGCAUUCAAGAAAAGGUUUUAGACUACUUCAGCGGGAGGCAUCACACCUUCACUGAUGAUUCCUCUAUGAAGAUGAAACGAAGCAGCCCGUUUCUGCAUGCAGAUAUAAAGGUGUUCCUGCAGAGUAAUUCAUAUGCCAAAUUUACCCCAAGAGCUGUUGCAAGAAUUAUGCAUGGCAUCCCCAGCCCAGCAUUUCCCUCUGCAACUUGGUCAAAAAGCCAUUUCUGGGGGCGCUACAUGGAAUUUGAUUUUCCAGUUGUUAUGGAAGCUGCAAAAAUGGAGCUCUUGAACUUUGCCAGAAAAGGUGGAGAAUCUAAUAAAAAUGGCAAUAAAAUGUCUCUGAGAUGCAAGAUGACUGUACAAGAAACCAUCUAGUUAGCUUGCCUGCUCUUCAAAAUGAAGCAGGUUCCUGAGCACACUACACCCAUGCAUCAAUUGCCUUAAAUUUGUUUCUUUGUUUGCAAUCAAUUACCCAUCAUCAGGAAUGAGUCAGUUUGCAAUCAUCGGACAGACAAGUUAAGGCAAUGUGAAGAGAAUUUAUUUCGGGCUUCUACCCUGUCGACAAAGGCAUGCUGCAGAAUCCAACUUCUUGAGAAGAGAAUAAAAAAAUGUCAACUCAAUAUUUACAUGUUGCAACCUCUACUGCUAUUUUGGAAGGCAGUAUCGUUUACAAAUUAGAGAAGUCCUCUGUAUAUUUAAGAUGGCAUUCUGAAUCAUUUUAAUUUUCACUUCAACCAACCUUGUUUUCUUGAGCAAUAUCAGAUGAAUGAAACAUAACUGAACAUAAAUUAUUCUAACACAUUUAACUAGCGAGAGAA